AGUGCUUAAAAAGUGACGUAAAAUUUUUUUGAAAAAUACUGUAAAACUUAAAAUCGAAAAAAAUUAUAUAUUUUCGUCAUACCAUAAAAGGGAGCUGCCCUACGCCAGCAGCAGAAGAGCAGCUGCUAGCUGCACACUUAGCCUACAUUUGUUGUUGUUCUAUAUAUCUUUAUAUCAUUUAAUGAAGCACUGCUUAAACAGUUGCUGCUCUGAUAUUAGUCACCGCCACAGAGAACGUACAAGCCAGCGAUGAUCUGCCGUGUUACGGUUUUAAGGCCAGCCUUGUAAUUUCCAAAAACCAUCUAGACACAUGGUCAUGGGUGAGAACAUAAUGGACGAAUUAGCAACAUUGAUACGCACCGAAAUACCCGAUGGACGUCAAAGUCUGCGUGAUAGCUAUACGAAUCUGGAAAGGGUUGCGGAUUAUUGUGAGGAUACGUAUUAUCGCACUGACAAGGAGAAAAAGAAGGCUGCCCUGGAAGCUACAAAGAAUUACACGACACAAUCGCUAGCCAGUGUAGCUUAUCAAAUCAACACACUGGCUUAUAGCUAUAUGCAAUUGUUAGAACUUCAGGCACAACAACUAAGUGAAAUGGAAUCGCAGAUGAAUCACAUAGCUCAGACUGUACAAAUACACAAAGAAAAAGUUGCCCGCCGGGAAAUUGGUGUGCUCACAGCUAAUAAAGUAAGCACACGACAAUUCAAAAUAGUGGCUCCAAUUAAUCCUGAAAAGCCAAUUAAAUACGUGCGUAAGCCUAUUGAUUAUUCUAUAUUGGAUGAUAUUGGCCAUGGGGUAAAUUCAACAGUGCAGAGUGGUCGUCAAAAACAUCGCGGCUCGAGUCACGGUUCAGUGCAGUCAUUGGCUCAAUCAUCUGUAGUGGGUCCCCCGCCCACUACAAAGCCACCUACACCACCACAGAUGUCGCGUGGUAAUACAGGCACUUUAGGCAAAUCGGUCAGCAAUACUGGCACGUUGGGUAAAAGUUCACGGGAAUAUCGUACACCCCCAGUUGUCAAUCCACCGCAGGUACCGUCUCACUAUGCGCCCAAUUAUCCUAUCGGACAUCCAAAGCGUAUGUCUUCAGCAUCUUCCAGUACUACAGCAACUGGUGUUAGCAGCACUGGUAUAAUGUCUGCUGCCACUAGCAGCUUAAGUAAUAAUAAUGAAAGAGCCGCUGGGUAUAGUGCAUUGCCUAUGCCACCCAGCCAGCAAAUUGCUACCCAUGUUAAUUUGCCCUCAGCCGGAAUGAUGCAAUCGUUGCCACCACCGCCACCAACCACUUAUGAUGAUCGCAAUAGCAUGCCACCACCACCAUCUCCUUUGACGGUUUCACAGCAUGAACUUACUGAGCAGAGCCACAUUGGAAUGCAUACAUUGGGGCGCAACAUUAAUAGAAGAAAUGGUAACAGGAAUCACUUCAGCUUGAAUUUUGCCAGACCUGGAUCACAAUCACCACCCUUGCCACCACCGCCACCACCAGAGGAAGAACACCAAGAUUUUGGCCGACCACGUACUUCAACUGGCCAGGGUCAAUUAGCUCCUAUUGUGCCAGAUGAUCAAAAUUUACCCGGUUGGGUACCUAAAAAUUAUAUCGAAAAAGUUGUGGCUAUUUAUGAUUAUUAUGCUGAUAAAGAUGAUGAGCUCAGUUUUCAGGAAAGCUCAGUAUUAUAUGUGCUAAAGAAGAACGAUGACGGUUGGUGGGAGGGUGUUAUGGAUGGCGUUACCGGUUUAUUUCCUGGAAAUUAUGUGGAACCCUGCGUUUCCAAUUAAAAGGACUGGUAAUGUUGUAUAAUAUUUACUAGCGAAAACAACAGAAAUAUGCGCCUUUCUUUUACAAUACAAUAAAUUUAAUUAAAAAGACAAAAUGAAAAAAGGAAAUUGAAAGUUUUAUGCAAAGAUUUGACACGAAAAAUAUAAUAGUAAUAAAACAAACAUUCAUAAUGCAAACAAUAAGUAAUUAUUAUAAACUAUAAAAAUAUUUGAUCAGAUUGUAUAUGAAAUGCUUACAUGUUGUUUUUUUUUUCUUUUAAAAUAAUUAUUAGAAAAAUAUGCAAAAAAAACAA